GCCCGGCCACAUCAGUGCACUUAAACAUGGAGCCGAGGACUUGACUCACUUUGCAGGUGGCACUGCACUGGAUACUGGAUUCUCCCCUGAGGAUUUAUUUGAUACCAGAGUCAAGUUGGGACAGUUACACUCAUAAUGAAAGACCUAUCACCAAGGACGUCCAGACAUCCCACCACUUCCCUGAUCAACCUGAGCUGGGAGAACUAAUCGACAGAGUGACAGCAGCAACAGAGGAGGCAAGACUGGUGAUGUGCAAGACAAGACACAUGAAGACAUCAUGAGCUGUGUGGAAAAGCGUCACAUGAGCCAUCGGAUGGGGAGCAUGCUCCACCAUCGCUUCCCCAAUGGCUUCACUGACUUGUUCAUGGAUGAGACUGAUCGGGAGGUGAGCACGCUAACGGAUCGAGCCUUCCGAAGUCUCUGCAUUGGAGAUGAUGCAGUCUAUAAUGACGAGUUCUUGUAUGGAUACUCACCUUUCAGUUGCCACAAACCUAUAGUGGGGGAGCCUCUGAAAAACACUCAACACAAGGAAUCUAAAAAGCAAGGACGUAAUAAAAACGACAAAAAUGAUGGCCAGCCAUGGAAAAAGCAGCAACAAAAGAACCUAUCCAACAUGUCAAAUUUCCUGAAGGUAUUAAGUGCCACAGAAAAAAGCUGUGAGGGGAUGCUAAUCAAAAAUGGAGAUAUGACAGACUCUAAUGGGGAGUCAUGGGAUAAGUCGGCACUUAGAAGCAUCCAAAGAGAGUUGUCAGAAUUCUCCUCGGAUUAUCACGCUAAUUUGAGAGAUGGACAUUACAAGAACCAUUAUUCGUCAAACAAAACAGGCAAAGAUGCUGCCCUUCCCUCAGGGAAAUCCUCAAAGAUCAAAAAUGGGAAAACUACUGUAAAACUAAAGAAACUCAACAUCAAGAACUUUUUCCUCCACAGUGAGUUUAGCCCUUUCCAAACGUGGAGAGACUUUAAUCGUUUUCCCUUUGGCCAAGACAAGACUGAAACUUCUAUUCUUCCCACAGACAGUGUCCCUAAAUGGUUCGACUUGCCAUUUUACAAGGAGCUGACAGAUGCACACAGAAAAGAGACUCUGCACACAGUGGAGUCCCAGUUGUGCCAAAAAGCAGCAGUUGAGCCUCCGCCUCCCAUUGCUCCCAAACCCCUACCUCCCCCUCCUCCACCAAAAGUUCUGCCAAAGCCCUUGGCCACUCCAGCAGAGAAAAGGUGUUCAUCAGAUGUAGGAGAUGGGAUCGCUGCCCCCUGGAGGCGCAACAGAUCCAGGGCAACAAGUGCUGUUCUGGUAAAUCAGCCUGGUAUACCAAGUCAGGACAAUAUUUCAAAGGCACUGGAAGAAAGUUUUUCACUAGUCAAAAAGGAAGCUAAGUCUGUGGAGGUGAAAGCUAUUGAAGAAGUCAGCUCUUUAGCCUCUACUCCAUUCAGUAUCUGUCAGCUCAUGACUCCCCUCAUUCCCUCCAGACAAGCAACAGACACGUCAGAAAUCCUCCAAGCAGUCCUCUCGCCCUCAGCCCUGGACCUUCCACUUAGGCCACACUCUGAGGCCAAGCUGACCCCUGAACCUCCAGUCAAACGGGACGGCUACAAAUCACUUGCCUCUAGCAUACUGUUCAACAUCAAAGACAACAGGAAAAGGGUUAAAAGCCGAUACAGCCCACCUAAAUUUAAAACCUUAGAGCCACCUGAGACUGGCAUCCAUUCUCUACAAUCAGAUCAUGUGCAACAUUCACAAGCUGACUCUGAGGGCAAUGCAUCUGGUUUCAGCACUCCUGUAAUUUUAAGAGAUGGACAGUCCGUCUGCAGUCCUAUAUUGGAACUUGCAGACACCCCGACUGUUAGUCUUACAAAGCUUGAUACUGACAGGCCUCUGUCUGAUGAUUAUUUGUUAUCAAAUCUACUACAAUCCAAAAAGGAGGUGGCAGGUAGUGCCGUUUUGAGUGAGGCGAAUCCAAUAUCCCCUCUUAUACACCCAAAAAAGAACAAGAGCCCCAAGGCUAAAAAGCAAAACUAUCCUUCUCUGAAUUUGUACAGAAAAGCCAGCCCUGAUGAGAGUGAUAUGAGAUAUCUUCAAGUCCCUCCAAGCUGUGGUGUUCCUCCACACGUAGACCAAUCCAGUGAGACAAAUGAGCUUUCACCACUCAUGCUAAACAAACAGCUUUCCCCAAUGACAUUGCCAACAAACACAGGGCUUUCACUAAAUACUUCAAACGCCAACAAAGAUCACACACCCAUAAUUUCCCCCCAUGCAAUUGAGAAUGAGAAGUCGUCAUCAAAAGUAUUGGUAGGGAAAACUCUCUCAAACGUACCAGAGAAAGCAAAACCGGUGGUUAAAAGCACAAAAGAAAAGGAGUUUGAAGCACAGCCUGUUUCUAAGGAAAAAGAAUUGAGUGGCCAAACCAUGAGUACGAUGGAUGUGAUCAGAGCAGCGAGAGAGGCAAUCAAUGCAACAAAAAAUAAAGCUCUAUCUGCAGCGCCACCAGAGAGCACCAACAAACAGAUGAUAGUCAUAGAAGAAACACAGGAGAAAGAAGUAAAUGAGAGGGUUAGCUAUUCAAAAGAAAAGGUUAACAGCAAAAACCAGAUAAGAGCGCCAGACAACAAGGUUUUAUUUAAAAGUAGAAAUGAGUCAACUAGUGCGUCACCAGUUGGCAAAAACAUUUAUGACAAGAAAGAGCCUCCGCCAGUUCCAAAGAGGCAUUUUUCAAAGUCUGAUAUUGAAUUUGCUUUUGAAAAACAUCAAACACACACAGCUGACAAACCCACUAAUUGUGAGUCCGCUGUUUCGCCGUCAAAAGAAGACGAAUCGGUCUCAAAACAAGGGAAGGUCAAACAUAUUUUCUCAGCCAGACAGAACAAUUACAUAAAAAAUCAAAGAUGUGCAGCGACCGAUGACGAGCAAGCAGAGAAACAGGAUGAACGGGAACUGAAUGUGAACACAAGAGCGGAGAUGGACGAGAAAAAGUCACUGAGAGAAAUAAGAGAUAGUGAGCAUAUUAUUAAUGAUUUGAAUGCUUUGAAAGAACUGCAGAGAGCAAAGCUUGGUGACCGCAUUCUUGAGAAUGCAAGGAAAAAAUUGGGGGUCAAUAAUAUCGAUGAGGAGGCCAGGGCUAAGAACGAUUUGAUCUCGCGGGAGCUGCGGAAUAUAAAGAAGGGCAUGCUUUCAAUGAGAGGAAACACAUCAGCUAAGAGAGACAUAUUUGCCAAGAAAGAGAAGGAGCAAAGGUUGCAGGAGGCAGUCACAAAGGCAGAGGGUAAUAUCAUGGUAAACAAAGCACUUAUAAACGUCAAUUACGACAAAGCCAAAAUGGCACUUGAAGAAAUAAUUUCGGAGAGGCAGAAGAAAAUGACUACAUCCGCGGAAGAUGAAAACACAACGUUUGAAGAGAGCGCUAGUGAUGAAAGUUACGUAGCAAGGACACAAAAGUGUAAAAAAGCUAUGGACGACUCGCUGAUGGAGAUGAAGGAAAAACAAAAUGGCAGCACUUCCACACUGAAAGAAAAUGAGCUAAAAGACAGGUUAAGUGAUCUGAAAGACCACAACUACAUGAGGCAGAUUCUUGCACAAACUGAACCUAGACUUGGUGAGACUCACAGACUUGGUGGAAGAAUUCCUUUACCAGGCAUGGACAGAGUUGACGAUCUCCUUAAAACUAAACCUAAACAUGUUAAUAACAAACAACCGGAUGAUCCCAGCUAUGAAUUAGAGGAGAUGAAUUUCAGACGUGUGGCAAGACAGGUGUCUGAAGACAGUGGCAAUAGUCUGAUUAAUGAAAUUGGACAGUUAGAUGCUACUCCGGUUCCUCCGAGGCGCAAAAAAGGAGGCAACAGAAUGGAUGACAGCGGUAAUAAGGAAAUAAAUACUUUAAAUGAUGCAGCAGAUGAAGAUGUCUUCAACAAAGCAGGGAGAUGUGAAAAUGGUGAGACUUGCCUGAGUAAGAUUAGUUCAGUAAAACAAGAAAUAGAUAGUGAUCUGUUAACAAAAAAGGCUGAAACUAUCUCUGAUAUAGACAUGUGCAGCGUGGAAAAUAAUGCCGUAAAAUAUGAGCCCAUCUUAUCUGAAAAUAGCUUGCACUUAUCACUGAGGUUCAGAGGAGAUGAAAGUGAGGCAAAUAACUUGCAGACAGAUUUUAGCCCCACAAGGGAAACUACAUUUGAAGGCAUCAAAACCGCAGCACAGGAAAUGUGCAAGAUAAAGCGAAAAGCCCCUUUAAAACCAGACCAUUUAAUCACGCCAGAUGACAAAAUAGCUAAAACUGUAGCAGCAGAAGUCGAAGCCGACAAAAUAAACAAACUUCCAGAGGAAGUAAAUGUGGAUACAGAAGCUCUCAGUGAAACGCCCAGAAGCAUAAUCUCACCCUUACUCAUGGUAAAUGGCAUUAGCAUCAAUCAGAGCCCACCUGAUCAAGGCAGCUUGUCCUCAAAGUCGUCCUACUUCUCCGUGGACAGUGCCCUGCACAGAAAUGCUGAGACGGAGUCAAAUGUUUACCAUUCGCUGGAGACCUUGAUUGGAGAGGUGGAAGGGGAUGAAGGCGUGCAGAGCAUGUCACCUAACAUCAAAAUCGAUUCAGACAGGACUGAAGGGGAAUACUAUUCUCUAAGUGAUCAUGAAGGUGAGCCAGAGUUCCUAAAGCGAUCGAUAACAUCGCCUCAAAAAGAGCCAGAAGUACCAAAGAAUGACAUCAAAGACAGAGAAUAUACUUCUCCAGACCAAAGCUCUGGCCAUUAUGAAAAUAGUCAGACACCACUGUCACCCACCAACAGCUUCUCACCAAGUUCGGGGAUGCCUUCCUUGUUUAAAAUCAAAGACAACACUGCAAAUGUUAAAAUGAAGAAGACUGUCCAACCCUGGCCUCUAAGAUCAAGUCUGGCUGUUUCACAGAGGGAAGAAGACGAGUUACAUCAAGCAAAGAGAAAUCCAGUGCUCCCACAGGCUAUAGAAGCUGUUGCCAGUUUAAGUCCUAAUGAAAACUCUAAACCUAAGGAGAUCCCAACCAACAAAUUACCUCCUCCUUUGCCCACACCUUCAAAGAUACAAAAUGAAAAGCCAAAGAAUCUCCAAGCUGGUCAAUUCCUCACUGUUCCACAGGAAGAAGACAGAUUUUCUGGAGUGAGUCCAUCAUCUGAAGGUGUUGAAAGCUUAACAACCAGCACAGCUGACACAGCAGUAGAGGUGGGAAUUAGUACAGGUCUUUUGGUAGAGCCUGAAGUGUCCAAAGUUCCCAGUGAAUGCUCAGGAUCCAACUACAGUGGAAAUGACAGUCAACCCGGGCUACCCAAAGCACCGGCUGUCUUACCCAAAUCUGAAAAGGCUGUUCUCAAAGCCAUCAAGCUGACAAAUAGAAGAAUGAAAAAGGAAGAGGCUCAGAAAUCCGACAAAAAGUCGUCUCACAGCAGCAGCAAACACAGAGCAGAGAGACACAAGGGUGACAAGUCGGAGCAGAAGAGCAGCAGCAGUGGCGGAAGUAGGACUAGCAAGAGCAGUGAGAGGAAACACAGAGAAACAUCGGAGGAUGGUCACCGCCAUCGUGGCACAGCCAUUAACAACACAGCUGAGCAAAUUCGCCAAGAAAGAAGAAGCCACAAGGGGGAAAACCACCAUCAAGACAGAACAGAGAUGAACCAAAACACUCCGAGACAGAGCCUCGACAGCAGUAACUUGGGUAGAGAUCAGGUUGUGUCAGCAGAAAGACAAGGUCGCACAAGCGACAGACACAUUCGAGAUAAGUCAAGACAUUACAGCACUGAUAGGGUCAUCAGUAACGUACCUGUGUACAAGGCUCAGGUCAGCGAGAACCCAGCGUCAGACGGACCACUGAGCCGAUCGCAAAGCAUCGACAGAUACCUGGGAGAUAGAGUUGAACGCAGGUUCAGUGCCGAUAUGUCCGCCAACGAGAGGUUUGAUCCAAGGUCCCAGCGCAUCGAGAAAUCCAUCAUAGAUGGUCUUCACCAGAGAGGCCGAGCCAGAGUCAAGGCCAGCAGAGACAACCCAGUGAGAAGGAGUCAAAGUAUCGACGCGUAUGGCACCGAAGUGACGCACCCUUCAACCCUGUCCCGCCAGUCCAGCCACACCAGCCAGCUUUCACGCCAGUCCAGCAUUGAGCACACCAUCGUCACGCAGUCGUUCCCGAUGACCCAACGGAAGCUCCUCCAGGAUCCCGACUCUGGGCAGUAUUUUGUUGUAGAUAUGCCCAUACAAGUCAAAACUAAGACCUUCUUUGAUCCUGAAACGGGGAGCUAUGUGCAGCUGCCAGUCCAGCCGCCUGAUGGCGCACUUCCUCAGCCGUCCCCCAUAGAGGUCUUGACCCCACCUCUGGUUGUUUACCACAGCUUUGUCCCAGUGCCUUUGUCCCCCAUGGCUCAGAAAGCUACCAUCAAAACUGCUCAUGUGGAGCCAGAGGAUUUUGAGCAAAGACACCUGGAGAGGUCGAGGCAAAUGCACUGUAAGGAGGGACGUCCUUAUUUAGAGCCAGUCUUUGGUCAACAUGACCACAUAUUAGGGGAGUUCAUGGGCACUGAGGAGCUGGACUGUCCGAGCUGAAAAGCCAUGAGGUUUGAAAGGAAAAAUGCCACCCUCCUUACAUACUGUUUUUGGCACCAUCAGACUGUGGUGUUCUUUGCAUUCCUGGACGUACUAAGUUUUUGUUUCCAACUCCACCCCGACACAUCUACAUUUGCUCCAUUUGGUUAUUUCCUACAUAUAGGACAAAGAUUUCAAAAGAACAAAAACAUUUAUUUGAAAGAUUUACUUACACGUGAAUGUUGGUGUGAGUCACGGGAGGCUUAAUCUCCAUGUUAGAGAAGUAAAUAUGAGAAACACACAUUAAAUAAAUGAGAGAAGACUGAGAAAUGCAAGGACACGUCACCAAAAUCUGCUUCACCUUAACAGUGAAAACGUGCUCGAGGGUGGAUCUUUCUUUCAAGGUCAUGUGAUUUUUGCAUUUUGAUCCUUGUUUUUGCUUGAGCUUUGUGAAGCUUAUAAGAACUAAUGACUAUCACACUUUAUUGUGAAGGGGAAUUUUUGGACCCGAGUGUAAAGUGAGAAGACUUCAUGGGUUUGUAUGGUAGUUGCUGUUGAAUGUUCUUUGUUCGAAUGCGGGUUGAAGAAUUUGUGUAAGAUAACGUGCAAUUGUUUUUCUGAGACGGAUGGAGGACAUGGACGAUCCAUGUACAUAAUGUAUUUUAAACACAGAGCUUGAAUGUAAAUGUGGUAUAUUUAUUAUAUUUGUUAUAUCCAACGACUAGGGUCUGUAGUACUGUUCAGGUUUUGCAGCGUUUUGUUUUUACUUCCUGCAGAGUUUGCUGCCUCAAGAUUCAGCUUCCAGUAACUUCAAUUAUCUUUUCUUUUUUUUUUUUUCUAAACGGAAAUAAAGAUCAUUUAUUAAAACACACAGUAUUUUCACAACACAACUACAUUACGAUAUUUAAAAAAAGUUGCAUGCUUUAGUUAAAAAAUGCAGUUACAAAACUCAUUUUUACUAUUUAAAAGCUUGAACUGGAAUUAUUGCAACUCUUGUUUUGUUUUUUUUAAUAAACAGAUCACAUAAAGGAGAGCUGGUUUUGCGAGUUUGUUGCAUUGGCAUUUUUCUAAACUUAGAGUAAAAGCAGGGCUGCAUUGUGUCUGUGAUCCAUUCCAAUAAAAAAACAACUGUUUUUACAGA